CACCAUUAUCAACCAUGGUCCAAGAGAAGAAGAUGGUCGUUCAAGUGAGCGAUUGGCUUAGAGUCUAUGACGAUGGCUCUGUCGACCGAACAUGGGCAGGACCUCCCGAGUUCACGUUCCUAUUGCAGCCAGUUCGAUCUCACGAGAGCUUCAUUGAUGGGGUUGCCACAAAAGACGUGAUCAUUGACAAAACUUCGGGCCAUCGCGUACGAAUAUACCUACCGGAGAGAAAGUCGGAGGAUGUUGACGGGACUAAGCUACCAGUAAUCCUUCAUUUCCAUGGAGGAGGCUUUUGCUUCUGCGAGGCCGAUUGGCACAUGUACUACUAUAUCUACUCCAAGAUCGCACGAGAGGCCAACGCUAUUGUUGUCUCCGUCUAUCUUAGUCGACAAGCCCCCGAGCACCGUCUCCCAGCUCAGAUCGACGAUGGCUAUGAAGCUCUCCUCUGGCUCCGAUCUGUUGCUCAAGCCGAUUUUUAUGAACCUUGGCUAAAUGACCAUGCAGACUUGAACCGCAUUUUCCUCAUAGGGGAUAGUUCAGGGGGAAACAUAGUCCAUGAAGUGGCUGCUCGAGCAGGGUAUGCAGAUUUAGGUCAGUUCAAGUUAUCCGGUGGGAUUCUUAUCCAACCUGGUUUUGUCAGAGAAACGAGGAGCAAGUCGGAGUUGGAACAGCCACAGACCUCUUUUUUUAACGUAGAUAUGGCUGACAAGUUGUUCAGUUUGUCACUUCCGGUAGGGUCAACCAAGGACCAUCCGAUUACAUGUCCGAUGGGUUCAUUGGCUCCACCUUUGGAAGGCCUGAUACUGCCUCCAAUUCUGGUUUUCAUUGGGGGGAACGACGUCUUUCAAGACACUGAGAUGGAAUACUACGAGGCCAUGAAGAGGGCUAACCAAGAUGUGCAGCUUUUAACCAUCCCCGGAGUUGGUCAUGCGUUUUAUCUCGGGGCAGACAUGGACCCACGCACGGCUGUUCCAACGGAAAGUUUAGUUUCUGGGAUCAUAGAGUUCGUCAAGAAGCACUAGCUAGAAUCUCCAUUGAUAAUAAUCAAUAAUGAUGUUUUGCAUGUAUUCUUUCUGUUUGUUCUCGUUGUCUUACCAGCAAGUUUCACCAAUCACCAUGCCAGCAAUAAAAGGU